AUGUCUGCCACUACUGAUAAGGCGCGGUUCUUCCUCGAAAAGUCCGUACCAGAACUCAAAGAGUACGAGAAGAAAAAGAUCUUCACCAAGGAUGAAAUCACCUCGAUUAUCAAGAAGCGAUCUGACUUUGAGCAUAAAAUCAAUGCGCGCGGUACGCAGCCAGCCGACUUCGUACGCUAUGCCGAGUAUGAGAUGAACCUGGACAGUCUACGACGCAAGAGGAUAAAGCGGCUGGGUAUCAAGUCAACGGGAUUCAGUGGACAGCGCCGGAUUUUCUUCGUCCUCGAUAGGGCCACUCGCAAAUUCCACGGCGAUAUCGGGUUAUGGAUUCAAUACAUCGAAUACGCUCGACAACAAAAAGCGUACAAGAAGCUCAGUACGAUCUUAAUGGAUGCGUUGCGAAUGCAUCCGACGAACGCGGAUUUGUGGAUUUACGCUGCGCAAUAUUCUAUGCAGGACCAUGCCGAUAUGUCUCAGGCCAGGACUUAUAUGCAACGGGGGUUAAGGUUCUGCAAGAGCUCCAGGAAACUUUGGAUCCAGUAUGCCAAACUGGAGCUCAUCUACAUUACCAAGCUAGUCGCGCGACAACGGAUACUCGGACUGGACGAAAAAAUCGAGGCUCCCAAGCAGCAGGAAUCUGCGGAUGACCUUGAUGCCGACAUGAUUAUGAUGCCAAAGAUUACAGAGGAGGAUAUCAACCCCAGUGCAUCGGAUGAUACCGUCAAUGAAGCAGCGCUGCAAACCCUCAACUCAACGCCGGCGCUCAGUGGUGCAAUCCCAAUGGCUAUCUUCGACUCGGCCAUCAAAGCGUUUGAUUAUGAUGAUCGAUUCGGCCACGAGUUCUUCGACGUGGUCUUCGAGUUCGAGGAUAUACCCUGUCUGCAGAAGGUCUUGUCACACAUUCUCGACGUAAUGCAAGAGUCCAAGCCUGCCAGUCCGCAUACACUGAUAUGCUACAUCAAACUCCCCACGGCCGGAAUUCAACCCACCUCCGCCCAGUUCCCCGGCGCAUUGGGAACGGUACUCUCGCGACUGCAAGAACACCGCGAGAAGCCCCGGGUCGCAAAGGAGGUAGUCAGCUGGUUGCAUCCAAUCGAGAAAACGAAAGACUUGGAUCCCGCUAUCCAAACGGUCAUUGCUGCCACGAUUCACAAAGCGGAGCUGGUUCUUCAGGAAGCAUAG